AUGAAGGUGUGGCGACACCAUGAGAUUGCCGUGCUUCUGCAGGGCACAGUGCUUUGGUGGCGAUUCCUUUGGAAGCUCCACAUGCUCCACAUGGGCAAGGCUCAUCCGGACCUCAAGGAUGUUAUCGUGCCCUCGGCGGCAGCCAGGCUUUGGGAGAUGCCCAAACGGGAGGCAAUGGCUCCCCUGGUGUGGCACGGCAUGAGAGGGGCUACAUUGCCGCUGGAGCCAUUCGUGGGGCUGUUGCCGGUUGCUUGCGAGAUCUGCUUGCGCGGCCGAGGCACCCGUGGCGUCUCCAUCUCCUGGGGCCCUGUGAUCCUUUGGGCCGAAGCGGAUCGCGGAUCGAGACCUUGGGCCUGA